AAGUGAAAGAAAAUGUCAGGUCGCGGCAAAGGAGGUAAAGGCUUAGGCAAAGGGGGCGCUAAACGCCAUCGCAAAGUACUCCGUGAUAACAUCCAGGGCAUUACCAAGCCGGCAAUUCGUCGUCUGGCUCGCCGUGGCGGUGUCAAGCGAAUCUCCGGCCUGAUCUACGAGGAGACACGUGGUGUGCUUAAGGUGUUCCUGGAGAACGUUAUCCGAGAUGCCGUCACUUACACCGAACACGCUAAGAGAAAGACCGUGACUGCCAUGGAUGUGGUGUAUGCUUUGAAGAGGCAAGGACGUACACUGUACGGAUUCGGCGGUUAAAUUCUGCAAUCAGACUACUACAAUUUAUCCCAAAAGGUCCUUUUAAGGGCCACACACUUUCUCUCCUGAGCUUCUGUUCCAUAUUUAUGCU